CUGCUGUCGCGCGGGCGAUAGGCGAAUCAACGGCCUACGAAUCUCUUCCUACUCGCGCGAGUUGGAUUGGUUUGCUGUUUGCUGCGCGUCAGUCCGUCUUGAACUACUUGGGUAGCUGUUUGGUUGUGUCAAAAAGUGUGCAAGUUUUUUCAUCUGCAUGUUCGGUGAAUAGCCGUAUCUUCCUGGAAGUGCGUACAAAAAGUGGGUCAGUACUUCUCGUGCUAAUGUGUGGAUUUAAACAUGGAAUCGGAUUAUACGUCUCAAUCUAACACGUCGCGGUUCGAUGAUGUCACUCGGAGUUGAUCGCAUCUUUUGCAAAGGCUGGAUCGUUGAACCGGAUGACCAUGGAGCGUAAAACGAUAUACGCCCCAAAGUGAAUGCAUUACAGUACAGAGAAGGCUGAUAGUAGGAAUGCUACCCUAUUAUCAACGUCCCUCGCGACGAGAUCGGUACGUGCACGAAGGUGCGCUACGAAGGAAGAAGGAAGAACAUCGAUAUCCAGCGAUGCAAGACGACGCGCUAGCGCACAGUUUGGCGAGUCCUUUUAUGGGCAUCGAAGGCUGAAUUUGGAGCGGGCGAUUUCGUACGGAAGGGACGAAGAAGGUAUCUAGAUGCUAGGUAGGGCCAGGACAAAAUAGAAAAUAGAGAAAGAGAAAGAGAGAGAGAGAGAGAGAGAGAGAGAGGUUCGCGAGAGGACGACAGACAAAAGAGUAGCGGGACUCGAGAGGGAAAAGAUAAGAAAAAAGGGGCGGACAAGCGUCGGAGGAAGAGAAGAGGGAUGGGCGCUGGGAUGGGCAGGAGCGGCACGACCGGCGGCGGUCUGCUCGAAGCGCUUCCCACAGGAACUCCGCUCCACGUGGCUAUGCUCGGCCUCGACAGCGCCGGCAAAACAACCGCUCUUUACAGACUCAAGUUUGACCAGUACCUUAACACCGUGCCGACCAUCGGCUUCAACUGCGAGAGAAUUCGCGGCGGCAUCGGAAAGGCCAAAGGUGUUAAUUUCCUCGUGUGGGACGUCGGCGGGCAGGAGAAGCUGCGACCGUUGUGGAAAUCGUACACAAGAUGCACCGACGGCAUCAUAUUCGUCGUGGACUCUUGCGACACCGAGAGACUCGAGGAGGCGAAAAUGGAGCUCACUAGAACGGCGAGAAGUCCGGACAACGCGGGCGUACCGAUUCUGAUACUCGCCAACAAACAGGAUUUACCCGGCGCGAAGGAGGUCGGCGAGUUGGAGAAGUACUUAGGAGUGUUGGAGCUUGCCGGUAUGCCAGGUAGCGCCUGCAUUCGCGUACAGCCAGCGUGCGCUAUUACGGGCGAGGGACUUCACGAAGGCCUGGACACGCUAUAUCAGCUGAUUCUGAAGCGGCGCAAGCUGGCCAAGCUGAAUCGGAAGCGGGCCAGGUAGGCCAGGGCUUCGGAAGACUGCACAUGCGUCUUCUGAUAUUGUCGAUCGCGGACAGCUUCCCCUACGGCGACGCUCUCCACAACAUCCUCUUUACCUUCCCGCACUGAUUAUGAGGAGGAGAUGGCACAGUGACCGCGUGAGGAGCGAUCACGGUGGUCACGAAGAUGUGAUCACCACGAAGUGAUGCGACCAUCUCGCGCAAUCACCUUCUUUCGGUUUUGGCUCGCCCGGCGGGCGAACCGAUGCCGUUGGAAACGAUUUAUUAACGGUCGCGUUGAUCUUUUUUGCAUGUGUGCAUGGAAACAUAUAUGCGUGUGCCUGUGCGUGUGUACAUAUAAGAAUACAUAGUUGGAUUGUAAAGUUGCGCGAGUGUAAAGAGAGAUAAGCAGAGAGAAAAAAAACGGAGGGAUUUUAACGACUAUUGUUCCUAUUAGGUUGUUGCAUAUGACAUGCCUAAAUUCUUUUUACGUUUUUAUUUAAAAUGUUGAGAGAUUAUUGGCAUUUAAAUGAUGGAUUGCUCAGAAAAUAACGGCCUAUUUCGACUUAUAUUGUGUUUUUUUUUAAUUGCUUUUUAUGAAGUAAGUAUAUUUACUAUCUUCUUUUUUAUUGAUAUAGUGUUAAAACUGACACAAUAUUUAUCUUGUUUAUGUCAAUUUGAUUUACUACAUGAUUUACUAUAUUAUUCUUUUUUGAUGAUUUAAAAAUAUAUUAGAGAAUAAAUUUCGCAAUGGGAACCUAAAUGCCUGUAAAAAAUUAUUUCUAGAGCUCCAGAAUUUUUUCGUGAUUAUAUUAAUAAUUUUGUUUCAACAAAAGUGUGUGGAUUUUGAUGAUUUUUAUUUAAAAUUUGUUAGAAACAUAAAUUGUUAGUUAUUAAAUUUGCGCUUUGAAAUCGGCUAUUAUUUUCUUGAAUAAACUAAAACAUCGAUCGUUAAUUGAAACGUUUUAAUCGAGAGAUAUUUUAUUUUCAUGUAUUAAUAUUUGUUCGAUUUAUCGCGUAGGAACGAGAGGUUGAAUGUCGGGAACGAUAUUUUUGAAUAGUUUAACGUUUUUAUAAACUCAUAUGAAAACGUGCUGAUUCGCCAUUUUACCAGUGAUUGAGCACAAUUUAGAUUUGAAAAAAAAAACAUAUCGUCUGUCGUCCCGGCGAAUGAUUUAGAAAGGGGAAGGAAGUGUUGAACUUGGUUUGACGCUAAGUUUGACUUGUUUUGUAUGCAACAAUGUAAUGAUCAGAGUAAUCAUAAAAUCGUUGUAAAACGUGUGACGAUGCUAGUCGACUGAGGAUUUUUCUAUCGUCGGAAAGGAGUCGAUGUGAAAGUGGUGUAAAUGUAAUUAAAUAUUUGUAAAUAAACGGAGAGAGAAAGAGAGAGAGAGAGAGAGAGAGAGAGAGCUGUAAUUUCACGCCGAGACAAAUUUAAGGUGUAAAGAUACAUUAACACGAGCAACGAAGUGGGUCAACGUUGUAAAAUCUAUGACAAUAUAUAUAUAUAUACAUGUAUUGUCAUGAGAAUUACCUGCCGAUAUUGGCGAGAUAUUACCGCCAUUACUAACGUUAUAAUUACAAUAAUUGCUGUAACAGUGAAUUGCUGUCAUAUUUUCCACACGAGAAGCGAUACGAGUGUGGCACGACGGUAUAUUUUAUUUACACGCGCGAGAGAUUGCUUUGAUUCAUCACCGCUCAUUUUGUAAAGUUCACAUUUUCGUGUAAAUCUCGUUACGUAUGAAAGUAUAUAGAUAUUUACAGGUUGCUACAUAGGAAGAGAGAUAAGAAGAGAUUUGGAAAAUAGGAGGAGGAGGAGGAGAGGUAGAUUCGAUAUAGUAUAAGACUCGACACGAUUGCAAUUUUGUGAAUUUCAUUUUGUUCCUCUAGUACAAUUAAUUCAGUAAUAUUCGUAGGUAAAAUCAGUGUUUUUGCGAUUAAUCGAAUUUGCCUUGCUCUUCCAAAUCCGUCGCUACUACAUAUUUUUAGGAAAGAAAACCUUCUCUCAUCGUUGUCCCUGCUAUUCACCGAUGAUUGUUUAGUGUCGACAAAAUAUCGCGGUUCUCGACAAAUAAUCGCCGUAUUUCUAGCAGAAUAUUCUAUAAAAGAAGUGUUGCUCGUGUGUGGUGUGUGUAUGUGUGUGUGCGCGAUAUGUGUGAAUGUAUGGUGCGUGUGGUGCGUGUGCGUAUGUACGCGUACAUGUGUAUGUGUAAAGCUACUCGAAGGUGGAGCGCGUAUACCGCGACCUUCUCGAAGGAGUUGAAACGGCGCUUUGUAGCCAACGAAAUCGCUGUCAAGCAUGGUUGUUGUUUUUAUAUCAACUGUCGUUCCAAAUUCUAUUGUAUACUAUACUUGCCCCUUGUUGUGUUUUAUUAUCUUUGGAUAUUUUAUCUUGUGCUUCGAUCGAUCGUUAGAUCGUCUAUUUAUGUAUACAUACUAUUAAUAGUGAUAGUCUAAGUAAUCGAUGACGCGUAGGCGCGUUAGACUGAUAUGAUCCUUUCGGAUAUACACGCAGGAAUUUUCAAAUAAAUCCGCUGAUUCCGUUACGAUUUUCAA